AUGCAAGACGGCGAGGACAUCACUCGCGACUCCUUCGAGGCUGCGGCGGCGGCGCUCGAGGCGCUGCUCGCCACGGCGGAGUUUGUGGCUGUCGACGCGGAGUUCACAGGCAUUAAACUGCCGGGGACAGUACCGCAAGACCAUGACUCGACGCAGGCGCGCUACACCAAGAUGCGGAGGGUCGUCCUCGACUGCAGCACCGCCGAGUUUCUGCGCGGGCAGGGCAUCGACUUCAACCGCUGGCUCGACCACUCUGCGAUGGAGCGGGUCGCCGCGUGGGUGGCGAGGGCGAGGACGCAGCACGCGAGCGGCGCACCGCCGGAGCCGCUCACGCUGCCAGAGUGCAACGGCUUCUUGCGCAAGUGCCUCUACGCUGCCAUUGAGCAUGCGCACCCGCCGGCGGCCCACAAGUGGCUGGUCACCGAGUCGCUGGAGGGCGAGGGGGGAGGGAACAAGGCGGUGCGGCUGCGCGUGCGGCCCGCCGAGGAGGCCGCGGCGGAGCCCUUCUCCCCCGCCAUGCACGCGGAGGCGCAAGUGGCCGAGAAGCUCAGCAAGCUGCGCGAGUCGGAGGGCUUCCUUCGCGUGUGGCGGGCGCUCGUGGCCGCAAAGGUGCCCGUCCUGGUCCACAAUGGGCUGUUCGACCUCCUCUUCCUCCACGACGCCCUCAUCGGCCCGCUGCCCGCGCCGUGCACGCAGUUCAAGGCGGCCGUGCACGCGGCCCUACCCGAGGUUUGGGACACAAAGCUGCUCGCCGACCAGUCGGGCGCCUACUCGGACACGGCGCUCAAGCCGCUCUACGAGGCGUGCUCCGCCGAGGCGGCGGCGGACGCGGCGGGCGACCCGAACCGGCCGCAUCAGUCGCCCCCUUUCCCCUCGGGUCGCCUCUUUGCACUCGCCGACGGGUUCGCCGGUUGGGGCGCCGCCGACCGCAGCCACCACGCCGCCUUCGACGCGCUGAUGACGGGCGCCGCAUUCGCGAUGUUGCGCGCAAAGGGCUUCGCGCCCACCCGGCUGAAGAAUGUCGUCCGCUUGGCAAGGUCGGUGCACGACCUAGCGCUCGACGCAGAG